CGUGAGCGGGUUUCGCUGUGACUUCCGAUGGGGCGGGCGGCGAUGAGGCUUCUGGCAUGGCUCCUGUGCUUCGCGUCCCUCUUGGCGCUCAUCUACGCUGAGGAUGUGUUGUCUGGCAUUGUGGGAGAAAAUUUUACUUUUCCAGUAGACAUAAAGCAAAGAAUAGAGGAUAUUACUUGGAACAAAAACAAGGAUAUAGUGGCUGAAUGGGAUGGGCAAAACCCACCGACAUAUUUAACUCAUCUCCGAGGCAGGAGUGUGCUUAAGGAGAAUGGGAAUUUGACUAUAUUUAACUUGGAGAAGAGUGAUGCUGGCACAUAUGAGUUAGUCUACCAGACUUCUGGGAAAGAUGGUUUUUUAGAAUUCAUUCUUGAGGUAUUAGAUCCCCCUUCAGAACCUAAAAUAAAUUACAGCAUCAAGGGUGAUAACCUUGUGUUAAACUGUACAUCAGAUUUCCAGAGGCCUGUGAAUUACACUUGGAAGCUCAGUAACGAUCCACGCAGCCAUUGGAGCCAGGAAUUUUCCAUCCCUAUAAAGAAUAUUGACGCUACCAAGAAUGCUACGUGUUUCAUUACAUUCUCACAAACGGAAAGAAGCUCUGAAAUCUCUUUGAUUCAGUGCAUUUCAGAUGAAGAAGGAUAUGGCUCUCACAAAAGAAACAGAAUUAUUCUUAUUGUGCUUUUUUUCCUCUUUAUGCUGCUUCUGGGAAUCCUAGUAUUCCUACGCACAAGAGGUAGAGAUAAAUUCGAAAGAGGAAGAGUAGCUCAGAAGAACAGUCCAGUGCAUGGCUCAGGAGAAUGUGAGCAACUUUUCUCUAUGGACAGCCAGGAACAGCAUAACUCAGACACAGCUAUAUUUUCACAGCCUGUUCAUUGUGAGAAUGAAAGACCUGAAGCAGACAGAGAAUUGAACAAGGAGGACAGCGCCCUGAAAAACGAGCAGACAGUUAACAAUGGUGUAAAUAAGGAAGAACUGUCUGCCAUGCAGAGCAGCACCCUGAGAUCCAAGUGUGCAGUUGAUGAUGGUGUAACUGAGGAAGAACUGACGCAGGUUGCAGAAGGUGGAAAUGAGGAGCACCAGAACAACACUCACAGCUAAGAAGAUCUUAAAUCAUGAGCAAAUAAUUGCUUUUUGGAGCAAAGAAAGAUGGAAGAGAAGCUGUAAAAUUCAGUGGCGAAGAAGCUGCUACCUCUUCCCUUGAAGGUCUUCCACAUACAAUGAAGUUAUCAGAGCUUUAUAAAGAACCACUUUGAAGACUAGUCAAGCAGUUUCCAGUGCCUAUUUUUUUUUUCUCAAAGGCGACAGCCUCCUUUUCUAGUGUUACUGUGUGAAGAUAAAUAGACUGAAUCAUGGAAAAAGUCUUUUGGGUUGUUUUGUAUGGAGUUUUUAGUGCUCUACUAACACAGAAUGUAAGAGCUAAGGCCUAA